AUGAGUUCCAAAUCACAUCAUUCUCACCAUUCUCGGUCAAAUACUAAAUCAUCAAACGAGUAUACAUAUCCAUCAUAUACAACUUUUGGAACUACACAGACUUAUUCCAGUUAUACUAGCCAAAACAACGCUUCCGAAACGGCUUCUGCUACUGGAUCAACAACAAGAAUUCGUGUAAAAGUUUGCAGAAAGCGUGAUGAAAACGGAAAUUAUCUCCCACACAAACAUCAACAUUCAAAUAAUGAACAAAGUAAGAAACAUCGCAUUGUAAAACAUAAAGAUGGAGCUGUUGCUGGAACUGACGUCUUUCCUGAAUCUACAGCAACUCAUGAAGAAAUUUAUCCAGUCACACAAUCAGAAUUAACCAAUUUUCCAACAAUGACAACAGAAUCAACUUCAACAUUUACUCAGCAAGAGCGUGAGCACCCACACCAUCAUCAUAAAGGCUAUGAUAGAGAACAUCAUAAAUGGGCAGUCAAAAAGAGAGCUCUUGAAUUGUUGAAAUUAAAUCCGCAACAGAAUGUUCCGGAAGAUCAAACUUUUACCGCACUCGGAUUCGAAGAACCAGCUGGACCAUCAGAAUUUUCGAAAUAUAGAGACGUUACAAUAACUACAACAAUGGCAGAAGAGAUGUCUAUGAUCGACACUAAGGAUUCUACAACUGUUGAUACAGCUACAGAUGACUUCGGAGUUCCAAUUCCAGCAAAAGAGCUUUUCCCUGACUAUAUUUCAGUUCCUCGCCGCCGUGAUAUUAAAGUUGGACUUGCUGAUGCAGCAGUUCAACCAGAAGAAGAACCUUAUGAUCCAAAGAAAGAAGAAGAACUCAGAAGAUACGUUUAUCUUAGCCGUGAAAAGAUUUAUCCGAAGCGCAGACGUAAUGUUAUGUACACUCAUCCACUUCCUCCACCUCCUGGCUUAGAAGAUGCAACAAGAGAAAGAGAUCUCGGAUUAUUUGAUCAUAAGGCUCCGCAAAGCGGACUUGAAGAAGGUCCAUUAUAUGCAAUGCCUCCAGAAACUUCUCUUACACCAUCCAAGGCCUCAAGCAAAUCUCGCUCGGUCAAAUCUGAAAAAGAUUCUGCUACAAACUCAUAUACUGCAACACAAUCUGACACAAACACCGGAACUCAUACAGGUACUGGGACCGGAACUAAAACAGGAACUGGAACAAACACAAAUUCUGGUUCUGGCUAUUCCAUUUCUUCCCGUCAUAAAACAUCCACAACAGGCCAUGCCCAGGUUCCGGGAGGAUUCACAAGCGUUACAGAGUUAAUUACAGCAAAUCCGAAAUCAGCGGAAUUUGUUGAAGUCUCCAACACUGGAAAUGACAACGCGAUGAAGUUUGUAGAGGUCACUGCAACAGCAACAGAUGAAGAGGAUGCAGAAGAUGAGGAAGAAGAAGAGGAAGAAGAGGAAAUUUACGAGGAAGAAGAAGUAGAUGAAAAUUAA